AUGGUCAUUGAGCCCCUUGAGGAGGUGGCUACCCUGCAGGACAUUGAAUGCUCUGUGGGUGGGGGUUCCAAAGCUGGUGACUGGGCUGAGCAAGUUCUGGUUUUGUGGUGUGGCUGGUGGCUGCAUCCUCCUCCUCCCUUCUCCCAGGAAGCUCAUGGGGUUGCCUGCUGUGCUGUCACUGCUGGGAAGUGGGGUCUCCACCAGUUGACCAGCCCUCGGUACAAGUUCAACUUCAUCGCUGAUGUGGUGGAGAAGAUCGCGCCAGCUGUGGUCCAUAUAGAGCUCUUCCUGAGACAUCCUCUGUUUGGCCGGAAUGUGCCGUUGUCCAGUGGUUCCGGCUUCAUCAUGUCAGAGGCUGGUUUGAUUAUCACCAACGCCCACGUGGUCACCAGCUCCAACACCGCCUCAGGCCGGCAGCAGCUGAAGGUGCAACUACAGAAUGGAGAUGCCUAUGAGGCAACCAUCCAGGACAUUGAUAAGAAGUCUGACAUCGCCACUAUUGUAAUCCACCCCAAGAAAAAGCUCCCUAUGUUGCUUCUGGGUCACUCAGCAGACCUGCGGCCUGGCGAGUUUGUGGUGGCCAUUGGCAGUCCCUUUGCUCUGCAGAACACUGUGACAACGGGCAUUGUCAGCACUGCCCAGCGAGAUGGCAAGGAGCUGGGCCUCCGAGACUCAGACAUGGACUAUAUCCAGACAGAUGCCAUCAUCAAUUAUGGGAACUCUGGAGGACCCCUGGUGAACCUGGAUGGUGAGGUCAUCGGCAUCAACACACUCAAGGUUGCAGCUGGCAUCUCCUUUGCCAUCCCCUCGGAUCGCAUCACACGCUUCCUCUCCGAGUUCCAAAACAAGCAUGUGAAAGGUAAAGAACUCACCAAAGGGGCAGACUGGAAGAAGCGCUUCAUUGGCAUCCGGAUGCGGACCAUCACACCAAGUUUGGUGGAGGAGCUGAAGGCUGCCAACCCAGACUUUCCAUCGGUCAGCAGCGGAAUAUACGUGCAAGAGGUUGUUCCUAACUCACCUUCUCAGAGAGGAGGCAUCCAAGAUGGUGACAUCAUCGUCAAAGUCAAUGGACGCCCCUUGGUGGACUCCAGUGAGCUGCAGGAGGCAGUCCUGAGUGAAUCCCCACUGCUGUUGGAGGUGCGGCGGGGCAAUGAUGACCUCCUCUUCAGCAUCACUCCUGAGGUGGUGGUGUGAAGCAGCUACCUUCCUCCAGUGCCGUGCCAAAGCCUGCAGAAGGCAGGGUCUUGACCUUCAUGAGGUCAGGACGAAGGGCUGCUGUGGUCCUCAGAAGGGCCAAACAGGCUCCUCUCUGCAUCUGGAGCUGAGUCAGAGGCUGGACCUAACCAGGGGCCUGGAUCUCAGCCUUAACCCUGAGUUCCAGUUCCAAUAGAGGGAGCACAGUGUCCCCUGAACCAAAUGCUCCUGAUGUCACCUUCUGAGUUCUCUGGAUUUAGAAGCUCCUAGAGACUUCCCUGGAAGUCUGCCCUUCCCCUGUUUCCCACCUCUACCCUCAGGAAGGCCCUCCUGGCUUCCAUCCCACCUCCUCUCCCUUGUGUCCCAGUGCCUAGACCUCUCCCCUCACAAGUGCUUUCCUGACCCCAUCUGGCUUCCAUCUGCCUCAGCACUUCCUCAUAGUAAGACAGGGGCUGCUUGCCCUGCCACCUGGCAUCCCUGGGGGUCAGGCCCUGCAGCUGUCACCCUGGAGAAGCCAGGGUCCUGACUUGGAGCAGGUAUGUCACUCACUGCUGAGCUGAGCCCUGUGCUGGUCCAGGCAGGCAGGAAGGAGUGUCAUGAUCACGGUCUCCAAUCCUGAGAGCUCAUUCUCCCAAGGUGACCAAGUGGUGGCUGAAGAGGGAGCUGGCACCUGCCUGAGGUGCAAGGACUGAGCCACUUCACCUCCACACACAGUUCUGGUGCAUCUCUGAAGACUGCCAUCUAGCAGCCAGCAGGCUCCCAAGGGCAUCUUCGUUCUCCCUAGUGUUUCAAGUGUAUUUGUGAGCUUUGCUAUAAAAUUACCCCCACUGCCCAUGUUGCUUGUACUGUAUGUUUCUCUACUGUACAAAAUUAAA